AUGCCUUCAACAAAACAACCCAUCAGAACAGCCCUAUGCUCAUUUGGCAUGAGUGGCUGGGUAUUUCAUGCGCCUUUUAUUGCAGUGAACCCCGGUUUUGAAUUAUAUGCCGUGUGGGAGAGAACCAAGAACCUGGCCGAAGCCAGCUAUCCCGGUGUAAAAACAGUCCGCACGCUGGAAGCCAUACUGGAAGAUGAUUCCAUUGAACUGGUGGUUAUUAAUACCCCCAAUGCCACGCAUUACGAAUACACCAAAAAAGCCCUGCUGGCAGGUAAACAUGUGCUGGUAGAAAAGCCUUUUACCGUAACCGUUCCGGAAGCGGAAGAGCUAAUAACACUGGCCAGACAAUGCAACAGACUGAUAACGGUGUACCAGAACCGCCGGUUCGACAGCGAUUACCGCACCGUAAAGAAAAUAGUAGAUGAACACUUGCUGGGCCAGAUAGUAGAGGCCGAAAUACAUUACGACCGUUUUAAAGAAGAACCCGGCCCCAAACUGCACAAGGAAGUACCAGGCCCGGGCACAGGAUUGUUGUACGACCUGGGUUCUCACCUGAUAGACCAGGUCAUCCAGUUUUUUGGUAUGCCAGACGCCGUGUUUGCAGACAUUGCCAUCAUGCGCAAACUGUCUAAGGUAGACGACUAUAUGGAGCUGCUGCUCUAUUACCCCAACCUCCGUGUACGGGUGAAAUCAAGCUAUGUGGUAAGGGAAGCACUGCCUUCCUAUGCUUUUCAUGGUACCAAAGGCUCAUUCAUUAAAGCCCGCACGGAUGUGCAGGAAGUAAUGCUGCAGGCACACAAAGUGCCCGGCGGCCCCGAAUGGGGUGUAGAGCCAGAAAGUGAAAGAGGACUGCUGCAUACAGAAAAAGACGGGCAGAUCAUCCGUGAAUAUGUACCCAGCCUUAAAGGCAACUACGGCGAUUUUUACGAUGGGCUGUACAAAGCCAUCCGCGAAGGAGCUCCUUUACAGGUGACAGCCGAAGAAGGCCUGAACAUUAUACGUGUAAUUGAAGCCGCUUAUGAAAGCAACCGCCAGCAGAAAGUGAUAGCGGGCAGUGCACAGCAGGUAGCCAAACGCAUUCCUUACAGGGCUUCACCGGAGGGGAUUAUUGGAUUCCUUGAAUUCAGGCCAGCCAACUACGGCAGCCAGCACCACCCAUUGAUCAUCUUCCUGCACGGUACAGAUGAGCGGGGUAGCGGCCGGCCCCCGGAAAUUCAGGCUGUUGCCACUAAUGGUAUACCACGCCUGUGUGCAGCAGGUGCUUCCAUGCAGUUUACUGUCAAUCAACAAACUUCCUCUUUCGUGGUGCUGUCGCCCCAACUCAGCAAACAGUAUGGCGCCUGGCAGCCCUUCUAUGUAAAAGAAAUGAUCAACUAUGCUAAAAACAAUCUUGACAUAGAUACCAACCGCAUUUAUGUUACCGGCUUAAGCCUGGGUGGCGGUGGCGUAUGGGCGGCCAUAACUCAUACAGCCGGGUUAACCCGUAGCAUUGCAGCGGCAGCGCCGGUUUGCGGCACGCAGGACAUCACAGACAGUAAUUUUUGCCCUAUCAUUGGUGCAGCACACCUGCCUAUCUGGGCUUUUCAUUCUGUAGACGACAGGUCGGUGCCCGUUCAAACCACCGAACAUGCAGAAGUAUUGGGUAAUAUCUGCAAGCUGACCCCCUCCAUAAAAAUUUCUUAUUACCAGGCCGGCGGACAUGUACGGGCAUGGCUGAAUGCCUACGAUACCGGCCAUGUGCAGUCACUGCUGAAAGGUGGGAUAAAGCCGGCGCCCGGCCCCAAUUUAUAUGAAUGGCUUUUGCAGCAUACACUGUUGAACAAAACGAAAGCUGCUGCCGUAAAGACAAGCAGUUCAAGGAAGAAAAAGAACUAA